UAUUUAUUUUCUAUUACCUUUAAUAAAAACUAAAUUAGGUAUUACCAUAACCAUAACACAUUUUUUAUUAACAUAAAAAGUAUGAAAUUCAUAUCUCAAUCACUAUAAUAGCUAUCGAAGUAUCGCAAAUACAGCAAUCCGAAGUGAUAUUCAGCAAAACCUACUUGUAUAAAAAUAUACUUAUAUAAAAACAUCAUUAAGUGAAGAAAAAAAAACAGGGAUUAAAAAAUACACUAUUGAUUGAAAACACUGAAAAUUUCAUAAUUACCAUUAAAAUUAAAUUAUUGCGAAUAUCAACAACACAAUCAUAAAUAUAAAAAAUGUAUAUCUAGCCAAAUCAGUAUCUACAGCGGACUCAUAAAAGCAAAAUAAUAAUGUAACUAAGUGUUUUUCAAAAUAAAAUAAGCGUAUAUUGUAAGUUAUUAAUUCAAAAAGUGUAGGCAUUUGAGGAAUAUCAUUUUCAACUUUAAAACGUAGGGUUGUUUAUUUUUUACAUAUCAAUUUGUAUUCGGUCGCAUUAUUUUGAAAUCCCUAAAUUGUCAAAGUACCUUACACUCGAAUGGUACAUUUAAUUGUUGUUUAAAUACUGCCAUUUAUAGAUUGACGUUGCUUUUCAAUUUUGUAAUUUAUGACCUCCAAAUAUUGUAUCUAUAUAUAGGUUUCCUUAAAAAACAAUUAAAAAAAUAUAUAUUUUAGAAGAAAAUCAAGGAUUAAUAACGCUUAUCGUAAAAUAGACAGCAAUGAACACUUCUAAAAUCCAAUAAAAAAAAAUUACCAUUCAUAAAAUCUAAAAGGUGAAAAUUUUUUUGUUUGCCCGCCCGAAUUCGAGGUUUCUCUAAUGUUAUACGGUUCCUUAAAAAUGUCAUCGCAUAAAAAAACAUUGGGCGAUAGUGCCUUAUAGCUAGCAGGUGGCAUCAGGUGCGCUUCAUAACGAACGCGACCGAUCUGACGGGCGGCGCACGCUCAUGCAGGUGCCCGCCUAUGGAGGGGAGCACCUUACUACACACCUUACAAACUAAACAAUACAUCACACGUAAACGCUAAAACAACCACGUAAAGCUCAAAGCCGGGUGGCCGAUCAGGUAGCGUACGUUGUAGGGCUUUACUCCUCUCCUUUUUAUCGAACAAAAAAUGAACUGUAAACGCGAUCACGGCCGCGACUAAGGUCAAUGUUAGCGCUUCCUUCAGUGCACGUUGAGAGGAGACCGCGUGCGCAUCCCGCGCUUGUGCUGUACCCUAUCGGACAAUACGGACUUUAUUUAUUUUUUAUAGGGCUCGAGUGAUUAGAGAUAAGUCGCGCAGUGAUUAAUACGGCACGACGUUCCGAACGGGCUAUCGAUCACGGACCCGAACGAUAUAUCGUCGGCGACAUCACCGAUCGAUAAUCGGAUCGACGUCCCGACUUCUUAAUUAAGGACGUGAUGGACGAGGCUUAUGGUUUUGAAUGUUAAAACUGUUGUGAUAUAAACAUGGAGACUCUAGUACUGAUACCUCAGGAGCUGAGUCUGGCUUUGAGGCCGGGUGGUGCGAGAGGUCGCGAAGCUUCGGUCAGUGUGUGGACAUCAACAGAGCUACAGCGGGGGGCGUUACUGUAUCCAUUUCAGGGUACGAUCAGAAUCGAUAAGCUCCAUGUCUAUUCGUAUGUUCCCGAUAUUGAUGUUCGACACCGGUUCGGCCUGUUUGAUGAGGUGUGCACGACAGGCGGCAUCCAAGUUCGACACUGCAAUUGGGUGCGAUUCCUAAGGGUUUCCGAAAAUUAUGGACCUCAUGUAAACUUAGUCUGCACAAAAGUAAAGGGCGAACCAGUCUACGAGACAGUGAAGCCGGUGUCUGCUCACACGGAGCUCGUCGUCUACUACCUACCAGAGAGACCAGAAGAAAUGUUCUUCGUCAAAAUGAGGAAUAACCUGUAUAGACAGACCAUGGACUCUAUUUUGGAAGAUUCUCCUUUAGAUCUAUCCACAUCACUCCUUUCGAGAGUCCUUUUGCCAAUAUCUCCUCCGUCUGGACCAGAGGAUGAACAUAAAUCGAUAUCGGGAGAUUCCAUGGCGUCGCUAUCUGUUGGGUCAUCGAAUGAGCUGUUGGACAUGACACCGAAAAUCCAAAGAAGACCGACUAAGUCUGAGAGAGCGCUACUGCCUUGUGAAGUCUGCGGAAAGGCUUUUGAUAGACCUUCUUUAUUGAAACGACACAUGAGGACACAUACAGGAGAGAAGCCUCACGUGUGCAUGGUGUGCAACAAAGGUUUCAGCACAUCGAGCAGUCUGAACACACACAGAAGGAUACACUCUGGCGAAAAGCCACAUCAGUGUCAGCAUUGCGGAAAACGAUUCACGGCCAGCUCCAAUCUAUAUUACCAUCGAAUGACCCACAUAAAGGAGAAGCCUCAUAAGUGCACGCUCUGCUCCAAGUCGUUCCCGACCCCGGGGGACCUCAAGUCGCACAUGUACGUCCACAGCGGAUCCUGGCCCUACAAAUGUCACAUUUGUUCUAGAGGAUUCUCGAAGCACACUAACUUGAAGAACCAUUUGUUCCUUCAUACCGCGAAACAUCAAAGGAACAGUGCCAGGGACGCAACUUGAAUUACAAAAUCAUAAAUACAUUAUACAUAUCAUGAAAAGUCUGUAAAUAAUAAACGAAUAAUUUAAUAACGAAUUAUAUAAAAUGUGAUAUUAGUACUUAAUUAUUAAUGUAAGCGUUAACUUAUAAUAUUAUUUAUGUUCUUGCGAUAUCUUAAUGAUAUACUAAUAAAGGGGAUAAACCUGAUUAAACUUUAUGAAAAUUAAGAUAAGUAUUAGAUUUUCUUCUAAUGAGGACUUUUAGAGCUUUUGGGGUGAAUCAAUCUGAACAAAUUUAUGUUUCUGUGGAAUAAAUAGAUCGAAAUUUUGUGGAUAUUUAUCAAAAUAAAAAUUCACAAAAUGAUCACUUUCAUAAUUAUUACCUAGCGAUUUUUUGAUGAAUAUAGAACGAAUUCACUGAAUUAAUGUUAUUCGUUUUUUGAGUGGCAGAACCGAUGUAAAUUUCGUUGAUAAAUUUACUCCAUUGAGUUCAUAACAAAUGAUAAAAAUUUAGUAUCGAGAGUCAGAAUGAAUAAUAUAAUAAAAUAUAAUAUAUAAAAACGAAUAAUAUAAUAUAAUAUAAUAAAAAAAAACGAAUCAGACUUUGGAUAAAAUUUAGAUUGAGUCUGUUUGUUUAAUUAUAUAAUUAUUUGCAUAUACAGAUAUACAGAGCUCAACGUGUUUUUGAUAGAGUAUCAAAGUUUUCUAAUGAAUGAACUUAAUAAUAGGUAAUAUGGUUGGUAUCGUCACUAAGCAUUUGGAGUUGUUGGAAUAUUAGGUGGUGAUUGGUGUUAUAAGUUGGCAAUAUGAUAAAACAGGUUAUUAUAAUACUCCUGUUAAACAUGUGAAUUAUUUCAAAAACGUCAUGAAUGAUAUUAUGAAAUACUUUAGAUAUUAAGUUGAAUUGCUUUGUUUGCGUAGACUGCUAUUCAGAUAUACGCAGCUCUGAGUCAACUGUUAUUGCGAUUAUCAUGGAUGAUAUUUGUAUAAAAAUUAUCGCAACAUAAAAUAUGUACUAGUAAAAACGUUAAGUUAUAAACUUCUAUCCAGAAACCAAUUAAUUCAAGUUUCAUUUAAGUAUUAAUUUUCAAAAUGAUCACUAAAUGCGUAUAUACUAAGAGAUAUAUUUAUUCAUUGGGGCUUCUAUGUAUAUACUAUGUAUUUUCACCAGGCCUAUGUACUUACAUUGCGUAUGUAUAUUGUGAUUGAAUUCCGUCCAAACGUGUGUAUAUAUUUGUAAAAUUAAUAAUUUAUACAAAUUAUAUCUACUUUUAAAAUAAGCAUCGGAAUAAAUUGAUUUUCAUUUACACAAA